UCUCUCUGUUUGGCUGAGGAAACUUUCAAAUGCUCCUGCAACUUUGUGUCCUGGGGUGCCUUGUCUCUGCUAUCUGUUCAGAGAACAGCAACAAUGACUAUUACAACAGCACCAUAUCACGCCGUGAAAUUGUUGAUCACCAACUUGACCUCAACACUUGCAAGAAUGUUGCCGGCUUCUCCGCCAGUGUCGUGGCUAUCCUGUCUACUGGAGUUGAAGUGAUGUGUGACACAGAAGACGGCGGGGGCUGGACGGUGAUACAGAGAAGGACAACUGGAAAUCUAGAUUUUUAUAGAGGUUGGGAGGAAUACAAGUAUGGGUUUGGAGAUGUGGGUGUCGGGGAGUUUUGGCUGGGCAACGAGAUUAUUCACCGUAUGACGAUGCUAAGACGAUACGAGCUGAUGGUUUUAUUCACAUAUAACGGCAACAAUUACUACGCGAGAUACAGAAGUUUUCGCGUGUUUGGAGAGGCGGAACGUUACAAGUUGAAGAUCAGCGGCUAUUCUGGGGGGAACGCUGGAGAUGGUCUAACCGUGAAACACCACGACAUGGCAUUUUCCACUUUUGACAGGGACAAUGACAGGUCAACCGGAAACUGCGCAAAGUCAUUUGAAGGUGCUUGGUGGUACAACGCCUGUCACGAAGUGAAUCUCAACGGCAGAUGGGGAAGUACUGAGAAGUUCAAGGCUGUUACGUGGAACAAAAUAACUGGGGAUUCAUCUUCGGUUACCAGCACUGAGAUGAAAAUAAGACCAAUUUAACGAAAUAAUUUAGUCUCUUUUUGUCUGAAAGAAAUAAAAUAGUCUAAAGC